CCGGCGCGCGGAGAGACAGUUACGAACUCACAAUCAUUUCUUUAGGCGGUAAAGGGGGGAAAAGUUCGUGAGGAAAAAUAAAAAAAGGAAGAUCUUCAGUGGACUCUACCUGAAAAUCUCAGCGGACAUGGUUUUGAAUAUUUUGAUCAUCGAUUUCAAUUGCAACAAUCGAAUAAUCAGAGAUUAAUCUGCGAUCCGAUUAUUGCCGUAAUGGAGAAAGAGAUCGAGUUGCUUUCCAGAGUCACCGUAAAUCAUCUGUUCCUCGCACAAUUCGAGGCUUUCAGGGCCACUUUGCUCAGCUUGCGAAAGCGAAAACCCGAGCUUGCCAUUGCAAUCCUUCAGGCCAUCGUAGCUCAAGGAGGAAGGGUUAAUGGCGUGCUGUGGUCGAGCACAUGCGGCUCCCCGGCGCUGCUCGCGUGGUUGUCAGCUAUGGAGCUGCUCGAAUUCGAAGACGCAUCGUCGAUCUGGAAUCUCGAUCCCGAGAUAUUGCGGUUGAAAGUUGAAUUCCUUCUUCUUGUACAGCUCGUCUCUUCUAGAGUUUCAGAAAGUAUUCGAAGACUUGUGGUUUUGGAGAGUAUAGAGAAAGAAGAUGUUUCCAGUGAGAAUUUUGAGUCUCGGCCUGAGUAUUUCUCUGAAGGAGCGGAUUUGAAGGAUUCGAGUGGUGCUUUGGUUGAUUCUCUAAAUUUUCUGGACCGUAUUUCGGAUUUAGGUGUACGGCGGUUGAAGGUCGAUGUUACUGAAGCUGACAUUGGGCCAUCUGAUGUAGUUAUUUCCUUUGAAGACGCGGAAGUACAAUGCCUGAGGAAGGUAAUCCUUGACCAGGCAGAGAUUUUUGACGCCCUGUGUUGGAAUAUUCAGAAGCAAGUUAACUGGUCCGACCCCUAUGAUUCUGUUUUGGCAAUUACUGUGAACACCGAAGAGAAGGUGGGUCUGGGUUACUCAGAAGAGGAAUUGAAAAUUCUAGCUUUAAUUCAGAAGAAUGUUCAGAUGGCACAUUUGGAAGCUUUGAAAGAGCGUCUGAAGGAGGGCGAUGAGAGUGGUGCUGUUUCUCAUAUUCGUUUUCUUCAUACAGAUAAUGGUGUUUUGGAGACUGAAUAUCGGUUGUGCUUGCAAGAUCUAAUGAAGAGGAUUUGGUCCGGAAGAAAUGGUUUUGGGGCCAACUGGCAUGCCAUACGGGAAAAAAUGUUAUUGGUGUUUGGAGAAGCUCUCUCGUCAAACUGCACACAAGUUGUACGGAUGAUCCAGAUCAUUCAAGAUGAAUUGCUUUCUGAAGAAAUUGAGAUGUACAGAGCUUGUGAUGCAAAUGGUAUCCCACCUCUUGGUCGUCUUCAGAGUUAUUUUAUAGAGUUGGGACAAGAUGCAAAUCUAGAUGAUAAAACUUCAAAACUGAGUAUGGCAAUCAGUUCUUGCAUGAGGGACAUGUACCACUAUAUGCGUGUCUCUGGAUUACACACACUGGAAUGUGUUAUGGAUAAUGCUCUGUCUGCUGUCAAGAGGGAACAGCUUCAUGAAGCUAGCAAUGUUCUUUCUUUGUAUCCCCUUCUUCAACCCCUGGUAGCUGUUAUGGGUUGGGAUUUAUUGUCUGGCAAAACAGUUGCUCGGAAAAAACUGAUGCAAGUUUUGUGGAGAAGCAAGUCACAGGUAUUAAGGCUGGAAGAGUUCUCCCUCCAUGGCAAACAAUCAGAUGAGAUAUCUUGCGUGGAGCAUCUUUGUGAUACUUUGUGUUAUCAUCUAGAUCUUGCUUCUUUUGUUGCCUGUAUCAAUUCUGGUCAGGCAUGGAGUUCCAAGUCUUCACUAUUGUUUUCUGGAAAAGAACAAAAUGUGGAUGAAAAUGAGGGUGCACAAUUGGACCCUUUUGUUGAAAACUUUGUGCUGGAACGACUUGCUGUUCAGACUCCUUUGAGGGUCUUGUUUGAUGUAGUUCCAGGCAUAAAAUUUCAAGAUGCCAUUGAGCUAAUCAGCAUGCAGCCCAUUGCUUCAAAUGCAGCAGCUUGGAAGAGGAUGCAGGAUAUUGAACUCAUGCACAUGCGUUAUGUUUUGGAAUCUACCGUGCUUGCUUUAGGUGCUAUGGAAAAGAGUGUGACUGAUGAAAGUGAAAACAAUCAACGAAAGGCAUUAUGUUAUUUAAAAGACUUGCAGAACCAUCUAGAGGCCAUUACUAAUAUCCCUCGUAAGAUAUUUAUGGUGAGCAUUAUCAUCUCACUUCUACAUAUGGACGACAUCUCCCUGAAUAUGGAGCGUUGUGCCUCAGCCCAGAGCUAUCCUGAAUCACCAUACAUGUCUAUUUGGGACCAAACCGAUCCUAGUACCAUAUGUGAAAGGGGAAACAAAAUGGUGGUAUCUUUCACAGGGUUUCUACUUGAAAUAUUACAUCACAAUUUACCAUCAGGUGCUGGAUUUGAACAAGACCACAUGUUGAGCAGUGGUGUUACUACUGAAGGAAAACAGGCCAUGGAUUGGAGAGUUUCAAAUGCUGAGCAUUUUAUUGAAGAUUGGGAAUGGCGUUUGUCUAUUUUGCAACGCCUUCUUCCAUUAUCUGAACGCCAGUGGAGUUGGAAGGAGGCACUGACCAUACUACGUGCAGCUCCUUCUAAAUUGUUAAACCUUUGCAUGCAAAGGGCAAAGUAUGAUAUUGGAGAAGAGGCUGUGCAUAGGUUUUCCUUACCCCCUGAGGAUAAAGCUACUCUUGAACUUGCUGAAUGGGUAGAUCAUGCUUUUAGAAAAGCAUCGGUAGAAGAUGCAGUCUCUCGUGUUAUAGACGGAUCUUCUUCGACUGUACAGGAACUAGAUUUUGCAUCCUUGCGUUCUCAGCUAGGUCCUUUAUCGACUAUUCUUCUCUGUAUUGAUGUUGCUGCAACUUCUGCAAGGUCAGUGAAUAUGUCGAAACAGCUUCUAGACCAGGCUCAAGUCAUGCUUUCUGAGAUCUAUCCAGGAAGCUCUCCAAAAAUAGGUUCAACUUAUUGGGAUCAGAUUCAAGAAGUGACGAUAAUUUCUGUCACAAGGCAUGUCCUAAAGCGUCUAAAUGAAUACUUGGAACAGGAAAGAUCACCAACCCUUCAGGCAAUACUUUCGGGAGAAGCAAGCAUUACUUCAUCCAAGGAGUCUAGCCGACAUGGGCAAAGGCAACGCACACUGGCUAUACUUCACCAGAUGAUUGAAGAUGCUCAUAGGGGAAAGCGACAAUUUUUGAGUGGGAAGCUUCAUAAUCUUGCUAGAGCUGUUGCUGAUGAAGAAACAAAUACAAAUCUUAUUAGAGGGGAAGGACCUUAUUCUGAUAAGAAAAUGGUCUCAAACUUUGAUAGGGAUGGAGUGCUUGGGCUUGGGCUGGGAGUCAUCAAACAAACACCCUUUAGGUCAGCAACUGGAGACAACAACCUGCAAGCUGCUGGUUAUGAUAUGAAAGAUACUGGAAAGAGAUUAUAUGGUCCCCUGAGUUCCAAACCUACUACAUAUCUUUCAGCAUUUAUUCUGUACAUAGCAACAAUUGGCGACAUAGUUGAUGGGAUUGAUACAACUCAUGAUUUCAACUUUUUCUCACUUGUAUAUGAAUGGCCUAAAGAUCUUUUAACCCGUCUAGUUUUUGAGCGUGGCAGCACCGAUGCCGCUGGAAAGGUAGCAGAUAUCAUGUGUGCUGAUUUUGUGCAUGAAGUUAUCUCAGCUUGUGUGCCACCUGUGUAUCCUCCACGUUCAGGUCAUGGCUGGGCCUGCAUCCCCAUGCUUCCUACUUUUUCUAAGACUCGCCUGGAAAAUAAAGCAUUUCUCUGCUCUUCUAAAGAAGCCAAGUCAAGUUCAUAUGUCCCUUCCUCAGUGAGACCUGAAAUCCCACUUUACCCUCUACAACUAGAUAUAGUGAAACAUUUGGCUAAAUUAUCUCCAGUGAGGGCUGUCUUAGCAUGCGUUUUUGGGAGUAGCAUGUUAUAUGGUGGUAACGAAUCAUCUAUGUCCAGUUCCUUGUACGAUGGAUCAGUACAGUCAUCUGAUGCUGAUAGGUUAUUCUAUGAAUUUGCUCUUGAUCAAUCUGAAAGAUUUCCAACUCUGAACCGAUGGAUACAGAUGCAGACAAACCUUCAUAGGGUAUCAGAAUCUGCUAUAACAUCUAAGCAGAGUACUAACAAUGGCAAAGUGAAACCUGAGGUAAAAGCGGCCGUCAAGCGAUUACGUGAACCUGACAGUGAUACUGAGUCAGAAUCUGAUGACAAUGUUGUCAGCAGUCAUGCUUCUACGACUUUGCCAGAAUCCAAUAAUCAAGGCAAUGCAACUUCUGACCCUUGGAGAGAUGCCCCAAAAUCUGAGAAUGUUGAACUUGAUACAACCACCUUUCUUUCUUUUGAUUGGGAGAAUGAGGGUCCAUAUGAAAAAGCUGUUGAGAGGUUGAUUGGUGAAGGAAAAUUAAUGGAUGCUCUUGCUCUUUCGGAUCGCUGUUUACGCGAUGGAGCAUCUGAUCGAUUACUUCAGUUACUAAUUGAACGUGGAGAGGAAAACCACUCAAUGGCUGGGCAACCUCAAGGUUUUGGAGCCCAUAAUUUCUGGAGCAACAGUUGGCAGUAUUGUCUAAGGUUGAAAGACAAGCAGUUGGCAGCAAGGCUUGCUCUCAAAUAUCUACACAGAUGGGAGCUAGAUGCUGCUAUGGAUGUUCUCACAAUGUGCAGCUGCCACUUGCCUGCAAGUGAUCCAGCUAGGAAUGAGGUAUUGCAAAUGAGACAGGAUUUGCAGAGGUACAGUCACAUUUUACGUGCAGAUGACCAUUAUAGCAGCUGGCAAGAGGUUGAAGCUGAUUGUAAAGCAGAUCCUGAAGGUCUUGCACUUAGAUUAGCCGGAAAAGGAGCAGUUUCUGCUGCUUUAGAAGUUGCUGAAAGUGCAAACUUAUCUAUAGAAUUGCGAAGAGAACUGCAAGGACGACAACUUGUGAAGCUUCUCACUGCAGACCCACUUAAUGGUGGAGGUCCAGCAGAAGCUUCUCGAUUUCUUUCUUCACUACGUGACUCUGAUGAUGCUUUACCUGUUGCAAUGGGUGCAAUGCAACUGUUGCCAAACCUACGCUCAAAGCAGCUUCUUGUUCACUUUUUCCUAAAGAGAAGAGAUGGAAAUCUAUCGGAUGUCGAAGUUUCUCGUCUAAACUCUUGGGCCUUGGGCCUUCGUGUUCUAGCAGCUUUGCCGGUGCCCUGGCAGCAAAGAUGCUCUUCCCUUCAUGAGCACCCUCAUUUAAUUCUGGAAGUUUUGUUAAUGCGGAAGCAACUUGAAUCUGCUUCUUUGAUCCUUAAAGAAUUCCCCACAUUAAGGGACAACAAUUUAAUUCUCAUGUAUUCCACCAAAGCUAUUGCUGUCGGUGUUGUCUCUCCUUCAAGAGAACAACGGGUAUCUGCCUCAGGUCCAAGACCAAAGCAGAAAUCAAGAACUGGCAUGACUAGUAGGUUAAAUUUUACUAGCAGCUUCAGUAACUUUCAAAAAGAGGCUAGGAGAGCCUUUUCUUGGACCCCCCGUGAUACUGGAAAUAAGAUUGCUCCGAAAGAGGUUUAUCGGAAAAGAAAGAGCUCGGGAUUGACACCAUCUGAAAGAGUUGCUUGGGAGGCAAUGGCUGGUAUUCAAGAAGAUCGUGUUUCAACAUACACUGCAGAUGGGCAAGAACGUCUUCCAGCUGUUUCAAUUUCUGAGGAAUGGAUGCUCACAGGUGAUCCAAUUAAGGAUGAUUCUGUUCGCUCCUCACAUCGAUAUGAGAGUGCACCUGACAUAAUUCUUUUUAAGGCAUUACUUUCCUUGUGCUUUGAUGAGUUAGUAUCUGCCAAAGGUGCUCUGGAGUUAUGCAUUGCCCAGAUGAAGAAUGUUUUGAGUUCUCAGCAGUUGCCUCUGGAUGCAUCCAUGGAAACUUUAGGGCGAGCAUAUCAUGCAACAGAAACUUUUGUACAGGCACUCUUGCAUGCUAAAGGCCAGCUGAAGAAACUUGCAGGGAGUAGUGACUUAUCAAGUGUCUCUGAAAGAAGUAGGGAUAUUGAUGAUGCUUCUUCAGAUGCUGGCAGCUCUAGUGUUGGUAGCCAGUCAACAGAUGAGUUAUCUGAACUUCUAUCACAAGCAGAUAUAUGGCUAGGACGUGCUGAGUUGCUUCAGAGCCUUCUUGGAUCAGGAAUUGUUGCUUCUCUUGAUGAUAUUGCUGACAAGGAAUCAUCGGCACAUCUCAGAGACAGGUUAAUUAAAGAUGAAAGGUAUAGCAUGGCUGUCUAUACUUGCAAAAAGUGCAAGAUUGAUGCUUUUCUUGUAUGGAAUGCAUGGGGACAUGCUUUAAUUCGUAUGGAACAUUAUGCUCAGGCGCGUGUGAAAUUUAAGCAAGCUCUUCAGUUGCACAAGGGUGAUCCUGCGCCCGCCAUUCAGGAGAUCAUAAAUACGAUAGAAGGAGGUCCACCAGUUGAUGUUUCAUCUGUUCGUUCCAUGUAUGAACAUUUGGCUAGAAGUGCACCUACAAUCCUGGAUGAUUCUCUAUCUGCUGAUUCAUACCUUAAUGUUCUAUAUAUGCCAUCUACAUUUCCACGUUCUGAGAGGUCUAGAUGGUCUCAAGAAUCUGCAAACAAUCAUUCCAUGUCAUCUAGUUCUGAUUUUGAGGAUGGUCCCCGCAGCAACCUUGAUAACAUUCGAUACCUUGAAUGUGUUAACUAUUUGCAAGAAUAUGCACGCCAACAUUUGCUUGGUUUUAUGUUCAGACAUGGUCACUACCAUGAUGCUUGUAUGCUGUUUUUCCCUGAAAAUGCUGUUCCUCCACCACCCCAACCAUCAUCAGUUGGGGCAGUUACUGCUGCUUCAUCCCCUCAAAAGCCUGAUCCUUUGGCAACUGAUUAUGGGACCAUUGAUGAUUUGUGUGAUUGGUGUGUUGGUUAUGGUUCUAUGCCUGUUUUGGAGAAUGUCAUUUCAACAAGAUUGUCCUCUUCUUCACCACAGGAUGUGGCAGUGAACCAGUAUACUUUUGCCGCACUUGCUCGCAUAUGCAUAUAUUGUGAAACUCAUCGGCAUUUUAAUUAUCUAUACAAGUUUCAGGUAAUCAAGAAGGACCAUGUAGCUGCUGGGCUCUGCUGUAUCCAAUUAUUUAUGAACUCAUCUUUCCAAGAGGAAGCUAUAAGGCAUUUGGAGAAUGCCAAGAUGCAUUUUGAAGAAGGGUUGUCAGCACGGCACAAGGCGGGGGAAUCCACUAAGCUUAUCCCUAAGGGCGUCCGAGGAAAAAGUGCCUCAGAAAAGCUCACUGAAGAGGGGCUUGUCAAGUUAUCUGCUCGUGUAAAAAUCCAGGUGGAUGUUGUGAAAGCUUACAAUGUUGCAGAGGGACCACAGUGGAAGCAUUCUCUUUUUGGAAAUCCAAAUGAUCCUGAUACUUUCAGGAGAAGAUGUGAGAUUGCAGAGACUCUUGCUGAAAAGAACUUUGACUUGGCUUUCCAAGUAGUAUAUGAAUUUAAUCUUCCUGCUGUUGAUAUCUAUGCUGGAGUUGCAGCAUCACUUGCUGAGAGGAAGAAAGGUGGUCAGUUGACAGAAUUUUUGAGAAAUAUCAAAGGCACAAUUGAUGAGGAUGAUUGGGACCAAGUGUUGGGAGCAGCAAUUAAUGUGUAUGCCAACAAACACAAAGAACGCCCUGACCGUCUCAUAGACAUGCUAAUCAGCAGUCACAGGAAGGUUUUGGCAUGUGUUGUAUGUGGCCGUCUAAAAAGUGCUUUCCAAAUUGCUUCUCGAAGUGGAAGUGUGGCUGAUGUUCAAUACGUAGCACAUCAGGCAUUACACGCAAAUGCACUGCCAGUGCUUGAUAUGUGCAAACAAUGGUUGGCUCAAUACAUGUAAAUUUAUGUAAAAUCUUCAUUAUUUUUGAAAGAGAACUGUUGAGUCGGUACCAUCUAUUCACCAUUCAGAAAAUCAAAUAGUUUUAUGUAAAGGGGGGAUUGUAAAAAGGAAAAGAGUUGGGGGAGGGGCGAGGAGGUUACAAUGUAUCAUAAGUUGAGCAAGACAAAAUAGUCUUUUCACUUUUGAUUCUGUUGUGUUGACACAUGAUGUGAAGAAUAUAGUUAAUGCAAAUAAGAUAUGUAAGAAAAAUGGUGCUAGAAAAUAUUGAUAUCAAAUAUUCUCUGCUA